AUGGGGACAGCUCUGGGUCCACUGCACAAGGGCUUGACGAUGAUAGUGCUACAGGUUCGGCAAGAGCCGUUGCGGACGUGGGUGCAACUACGCACUGUUCGGGUUACGUUCAAGCCACUUCUACCUGGAGAGGGUAGUGCUGGCGGCUAUGUGGUGGUUGGAAUGGCUGCUGGAGGACAUUUAAACUGCGUGAAGUUUCUCCUGCAACACAGUCCCUCGGAAGUCGUGAAUCACAGACAGUGCACUCCACCAAUGCGGGCCACCAUGAAAGGUCGUACUGAGAUUGUUCGACAUCUGUUUGACAACAACGCCAUAGUAAGCUCUCAACUAAACGCUAACAAGGAAUCCGCUUUGACUCUAGGAUGCGGAUCAGGCAAAGUGGACUUGGUAAAGCUUCUCUUAGAGCGUGGCUCUCCUAUAGUAGAUAGGAGCGCAGAGUUAAAUGCAGCACUCCGGGAAGCCGUGUUAUUUGGUCGAGUAGAGUUGGUUCAAAUCCUACUCAACCAUGGUGCAGAUGCUAAUCAUUCCAACGACACAAGCUCACCAGUCAUUUUUUUAUCUAUCGACUCCAACAAGGUCAGCAUUUUAGACCUUCUUAUAGCCCAUGGGGCAAAUAUUGAGCAAUUAGGUGGACAAGAUUACACGCAACUCAUGAAAGCUGCAAAGACUGGUAAAAGAGAAAUGGUUGCUGCUUUGUUGGUCACUGGGGCUAAUCCUAAAGUGCGAAGAAAAGUGGACAGAAAGACGGCUUUGUCGCUUUCUAGGAGUCAGGGACACAAGGAGAUUUGCACGAUAAUUUUAAAGGCCAAAGUCAAGAAAACUUCUUAA